UCUUGUUUCCACUCUAAUUUAAAGUAUUUUAAAGGGGACUUGGGGAAUUUCGUUGAGGCAAAAGUCAGUGUUGGCGGCGAAAGAAAAUCGAUCGCGUAGUUAAAAAAAGACAUAGAACUUUUGACAGACGAAGCGCACUUUUUGUAUAUUUUUUUAACUACUCUUCGUGUUUUCUAUACAGAAAUGUUUUUUUUCUAUUUCUAUUUUCGGCCAACACGCACCAGAACUUCGCAGUGAACUGCACAGUCUUUGUUCUAAAACACCAGGCUGGGGAAAAAUGGAGUGUAAUGAAACAUUUGAGCCUGUUAUCAUAAUUAAUGACGACAGUACCGAUUCAGACACAAAAAAGGAAAAGAAAGAUUACGAACGUGACCCCCUCGAGCCAAACACGGAAGACCUAAUAAAAUCGAUCGGCCCGGAAAUUUCGGUGAUACCGGUGACAAAACAAAAGCCACAAGUCAAAAUAAAAACGUACUCGAGAUCGCCGAGGAACGAAAUCCGACUGGUAUCGAAAUUCGAGGCGGAACGUACGUGCAACACAUACACCAAACGGAAAUCGUCCCCUCUGGAAAAAUGUCCUAUUUGUAAAAAAUAUUUCAGGAGGAUGAAAACGCACUUGCUGAAACACGACAGCAUCGCCAGGGAUGUGAACGAUCCAUUCACCUGCAGCAUUUGCACGAAGGUGUUUAACACGCAAAGCAACUUGCAAAUUCACUUCAGGAGUCACACGGGCGAUAAGCCUUAUGUCUGUGAUGUUUGUCACAAGGCGUUCUCGCAGUCCUGCAAUCUGGUCAAUCACACUCGGAUUCACACAGGUGAGAAACCCUUCAAGUGCCCUCAUUGUGACAAGGCUUUCACACAGUCGGGCAAUUUGAAUAACCACAUAAGAUUGCAUACGGACGAGAAGCCGUUCAAGUGUCAUUUUUGUCCUAAGGCGUUUGUGCAAUCUGGUAACUUGAGUUCGCACAUUCGGAACAAUCACAAAUACGUAGAGUAUUAUGGUACCAAUUACCAAUAGUAUUUUAAUUGACGUUAGGAACAAUCAAUAAUUGUUAAGACACCAACAUUUUUUUUUCUUUUUCGGUUCCAGAGAUUUAUGAAUGUUCUAUUGUUGUGUCAAAUCACCAAACUAAAAAAAACUGUGUUAAAUUGUUCCUAGUUGUUUGUUCAAUGGUUUAAAAAGACUUAUAAAAAGAGACUGUAUAUUUAGUUCGUAAUGUUUUUUUAUUAAGCCUUUCAUACAUCAAAAAAUUUAUGACAUAUCUGUUCUUUAUGUAGGUUUAACCGCAAUAUAAACGCGUGUGUUUAAUGUAUUUUAUAAUUUUUGCAUGCAAAUUAAAGAUAUUUGGUUCAUAACUUGGGUUCUAGUCAAAAUUUAUACUAUAAAUUAUUUUGCAUGCAAAAUUUUAAUCUGUGCAAUGUUCAAGUUUUGAUCUCAUUUUGUUAUAUAUUUGACUUAUUUUUUAUGGUAAAAUUUAAGGUUUUGAUCUUCCAAAAGUGACAAAAAAAUUAUUUAUUAUUACGUGUUUAUUUAUUUUUGGAAAUGUUUUGUUUGGAACUUAUAAAUGAUUUAAUCAUUGUGAAUUGAAUAAAUAAUUAGUUAUAAACUGAUAUAUGGAAAUGUUCCUUGUAAUAUUUAGUAGAGAGAACACAGUAAGGAUUUGUAUUGUAAUUUUGCAUGAUGCCAUAUUGUAGUUUUAUAACUCAAAUAAAAUAUAUCCUAAAUCAA